GCCUCUUAGGAAGGAGCUGAAGGGGAAAUAAAAUAUACAGGAUGAAAAGAUGGCAAUGUUGCCUCCCCCAGGACCUCAGAGCUUUGUCUACUUCACAAAACAGUCUCUUGCCCUCAUUGAACAACGCAUUGCUGAAGGUAAAACAAAGGCACCCAAAGAAGAAAAGAAAGAUGAUCAUGAAGAAGGCCCAAAGCCAAGCAGUGACUUGGAAGCUGGCAAACAGCUGCCCUUCAUCUAUGGGGACAUCCCUCCAGGCAUGGUGUCUGCGCCCCUGGAGGACCUGGACCCCUACUACGCAGACAAAAAGACAUUCAUAGUAUUGAACAAAGGGAAAGCAAUCUUCCGUUUCAAUGCCACACCUGCUUUGUACAUGCUCUCUCCUUUCAGUCCUCUAAGAAGAAUAUCUAUUAAGAUUUUAGUACAUUCCUUAUUCGGCAUGCUUAUCAUGUGCACUAUUCUGACGAACUGCAUAUUUAUGACCAUGAGUAACCCUCCAGACUGGGCCAAGAAUGUAGAGUACACUUUUACUGGAAUAUAUACUUUUGAAUCACUUAUAAAAAUCCUUGCAAGAGGCUUCUGUGUAGGAGAAUUCACUUUCCUUCGUGACCCAUGGAACUGGCUUGAUUUUAUCGUCAUUGUUUUUGCGUAUUUAACAGAAUUUGUAAACCUAGGCAAUGUUUCAGCUCUUCGAACUUUCAGAGUGUUGAGAGCUUUGAAAACUAUUUCUGUAAUCCCAGGCCUGAAGACCAUCGUGGGGGCCCUGAUCCAGUCUGUGAAGAAGCUCUCAGAUGUCAUGAUCCUGACCGUGUUCUGUCUGAGCGUGUUUGCGCUGAUUGGGCUGCAGCUCUUCAUGGGCAACCUGAAGCACAAAUGCUUGCGGAUUUUACCUGACGAUAAUGAAACAUUAAACACAUUGGACACCCUUGACGAAGAACUCUACAGAAAAUAUUUUUAUUUCUUGGAGGGAUCUAAAGAUGCUCUCCUGUGUGGUAACAGUACAGACUCAGGUCAGUGUCCAGAAGGGUACACCUGUGUGAAAGCAGGCAGAAACCCAGAUUAUGGAUACACGAGCUUUGACACUUUCGGUUGGGCCUUCUUAGCCUUAUUUAGGCUAAUGACCCAGGAUUACUGGGAAAACCUUUACCAACAGACACUGCGUGCUGCUGGGAAAACCUACAUGAUCUUCUUUGUUGUGGUGAUUUUCCUGGGCUCCUUUUAUCUAAUAAAUUUGAUCCUGGCUGUGGUUGCCAUGGCCUAUGAAGAACAGAACCAGGCAAACAUCGAAGAAGCGAGGCAGAAAGAGUUAGAAUUUCAACAGAUGUUAGAUCGACUUAAAAAGGAGCAAGAAGAAGCUGAGGCAAUAGCGAUGGCAGCAGCCGAAUAUUCAAGCAGGAGGAGAAGCCGGAUCGUGGGCCUCUCCGAGAGUUCUUCUGAAACAUCUAAACUGAGCUCUAAAAGUGCCAAAGAAAGGAGAAACAGAAGGAAGAAAAAGAAUCAAAAGAAACUGUCUGGUGGGGAAGAAAAGGGAGACGAUGGGAAAUUGUCCAAGUCGGAAUCAGAGGAGAGUAUCAGGAGAAGUUCCCUCCUCGGUGUUGAAGGCCACAGGCGCACACGGGAAAAGAGAUUGUCGACCCCGAAUCAGUCGCCACUCAGCAAUCGUGGCUCCCUGUUUCCUCAAAGGCGCAGCAGCAGAACAAGUCUUUUUAGUUUCAUGGGUCGAGGAAAAGAUAUUGGAUCUGAGACUGAAUUUGCCGACGACGAGCACAGCAUUUUCGGAGACAAUGAGAGCAGAAGGGGCUCGUUGUGCAUGCCCCACAGGCCUCGGGAGCGGCGCAGCAGCAACAUCAGUCAAGCCAGUAGGUCCCCCCCAGUGCUGCCGGUGAACGGGAAGAUGAACAGUGCCGUGGACUGCAAUGGUGUGGUCUCCCUGGUUGACGGAACCUCAGCCCUCAUGCUUCCCAAUGGACAGCUUCUGCCAGAGGUGAUAAUAGAUAAGGCAACUUCUGAUGACAGCGGUACAACCAGUCAAAUACACAAAAAGCGACGUUCCAGUUCUUAUCUCCUUUCUGAAGAUAUGUUGAAUGACCCCCAUCUCAGACAAAGAGCAAUGAGUAGAGCAAGCAUACUGACAAACACUGUAGAAGAACUGGAAGAGUCCAGACAGAAGUGUCCACCUUGGUGGUACAGAUUUGCACACACCUUCCUGAUCUGGAAUUGCUCCCCACUUUGGAUAAAAUUUAAAAAGCUUAUUUAUGUUAUUGUAAUGGAUCCUUUUGUAGAUCUUACUAUUACCAUUUGCAUCAUUUUAAACACGCUCUUCAUGGCGAUGGAGCAUCACCCAAUGACUGUAGAAUUCGGAAACGUGCUUGCUGUGGGGAAUUUGGUCUUUACUGGGAUUUUUGCAGCUGAAAUGGUUUUAAAACUAAUUGCCAUGGAUCCGUAUGAGUAUUUCCAAGUAGGAUGGAAUAUUUUUGACAGCAUUAUUGUGACUUUAAGUAUAGUGGAGCUUUUCCUAUCAGAUGUGGACGGAUUGUCAGUUCUCCGGUCAUUCAGACUGCUCCGAGUUUUCAAAUUGGCAAAAUCUUGGCCAACACUGAACAUGCUGAUAAAGAUCAUCGGUAACUCAGUGGGGGCCCUGGGCAACCUCACCUUGGUGUUGGCCAUCAUUGUCUUCAUUUUUGCCGUGGUUGGCAUGCAGCUCUUUGGUAAAAACUACAAAGAAUGUGUCUGCAAAAUCAAUGAGGACUGUACACUCCCACGCUGGCACAUGCAUGACUUCUUCCACUCCUUCCUGAUUGUGUUCCGCGUGCUGUGUGGAGAGUGGAUAGAGACCAUGUGGGACUGCAUGGAGGUCGCGGGUCAAGCCAUGUGCCUUAUUGUUUUCAUGAUGGUCAUGGUCAUUGGAAACCUAGUGGUCCUCAACCUGUUUCUGGCUUUAUUACUGAGCUCGUUUAGUUCAGACAACCUCACAGCCAGCGAUGAGGAAACGGAUGCAAACAACCUGCAGAUCGCAGUGGCCAGGAUUAAGAAGGGAAUCAGUUAUGUGAAACAGACCUUACGGGAAUUUAUUCUAACGGCAUUUUCCAAAAGGCCCAAGAUUCCCAAAGAGACAAGACAAGCGGAAGAUCUAAACAGGAAGAAGGAGAACUAUAUGUCUAACCGUACGCUUGCUGAAAUGAACAAAGAUCGCAACUUCCACACGGAAAAAGAUAAAACCAGUGGUUUGGGAAGGAACAUAGACAGAUACUUGUUGGAAGAAAGUGACAGUCAGUCAUUUAUUCACAAUCCCAGCCUCACGGUGACUGUGCCAAUUGCGCCUGGGGAGUCCGAUUUGGAAAACAUGAACACUGAGGAGCUUAGCAGUGAUUCAGACAGUGAAUGCAGCAAAGGGAGACUGAACCGGUCAAGUUCCUCUGAGUGCAGCACAGUUGAUAACCCUCUGCCAGGAGAAGGAGAAGAAGCUGAGGCCGAACCUAUGAAUUCGGAUGAGCCGGAGGCCUGUUUUACAGAUGGUUGCAUACGGAGGUUCCCAUGCUGCGAAGUUAACAUAGACUCAAGGGAAGGGAAAAUCUGGUGGAACAUCAGGAAAACAUGCUAUAGGAUAGUUGAACAUAAUUGGUUUGAAAGCUUUAUUGUUCUCAUGAUCCUGCUCAGCAGUGGUGCUUUGGCUUUUGAAGAUAUAUAUAUUGAAAAGAAAAAGACCAUUAAGAUUAUCCUGGAGUAUGCUGACAAGAUAUUCACUUACAUCUUCAUUCUGGAAAUGCUUCUAAAAUGGGUGGCAUAUGGUUAUAAAACAUAUUUCACCAAUGCCUGGUGCUGGCUAGACUUCUUAAUUGUUGAUGUUUCUUUGGUUACUUUAGUUGCAAACACUCUUGGCUACUCAGACCUCGGCCCCAUUAAAUCCCUUCGGACACUUAGAGCUUUACGACCUCUAAGAGCUUUAUCUAGAUUUGAAGGAAUGAGGGUGGUCGUGAAUGCACUCAUAGGAGCAAUUCCUUCCAUCAUGAAUGUGCUACUUGUGUGUCUUAUAUUCUGGCUGAUAUUUAGCAUCAUGGGAGUAAAUUUGUUUGCGGGCAAGUUCUAUGAGUGUGUUAACACCACAGAUGGGUCACGGUUUUCUACAAGUAAAGUUCAAAAUAGAUCCGAGUGUUUUGCACUGAUGAAUGUUAGCCAAAAUGUGCGAUGGAAAAACCUGAAGGUGAACUUUGAUAAUGUUGGACUUGGUUACCUGUCUUUGCUUCAAGUUGCAACAUUUAAGGGAUGGAUGGAUAUUAUGUAUGCAGCUGUUGAUUCUGUUAAUGUAGACAAGCAACCCGUAUAUGAAUCCAGCCUCUACAUGUAUAUUUAUUUUGUCAUCUUUAUCAUCUUUGGGUCAUUCUUCACUUUGAACUUGUUCAUUGGUGUCAUCAUAGAUAAUUUCAACCAACAGAAAAAAAAGCUUGGAGGUCAAGACAUCUUUAUGACAGAAGAACAGAAGAAAUACUAUAAUGCAAUGAAAAAGCUGGGAUCUAAGAAACCACAAAAGCCAAUACCUCGGCCAGGGAACAAAUUCCAAGGAUGUAUAUUUGACCUCGUAACAAACCAGGUUUUUGACAUCACCAUUAUGGUUCUUAUCUGCCUCAACAUGGUGACCAUGAUGGUAGAAAAAGAGGGACAAAGUAAAUACAUGACUGACGUCUUAUAUUGGAUAAAUGUGGUAUUUAUUAUCCUUUUCACUGGGGAAUGUGUGCUGAAACUGAUCUCCCUCAGACACUACUACUUCACCGUCGGAUGGAACAUUUUUGAUUUUGUGAUUGUGAUUAUCUCCAUUGUAGGCAUGUUUCUGGCUGAGCUGAUAGAAAAAUAUUUUGUGUCCCCUACCCUGUUCCGAGUGAUCCGUCUUGCCAGGAUUGGCCGAAUCCUACGUCUGAUCAAAGGGGCAAAGGGGAUCCGCACACUGCUCUUUGCUCUGAUGAUGUCCCUUCCUGCGUUGUUUAACAUCGGCCUCCUGCUCUUCCUGGUCAUGUUCAUCUAUGCCAUCUUUGGAAUGUCCAACUUUGCCUAUGUUAAAAAGGAAGCUGGAAUUAACGACAUGUUCAACUUUGAAACCUUUGGCAACAGCAUGAUCUGCCUGUUCCAGAUUACCACCUCUGCUGGCUGGGAUGGUUUGCUAGCACCUAUUCUUAAUAGUGGCCCUCCAGACUGUGACCCCCACAAAGUUCAUCCAGGAAGUUCAGUUGAAGGAGACUGUGGGAACCCUUCUGUUGGCAUUUUCUAUUUUGUCAGUUACAUCAUCAUAUCAUUUCUGGUUGUGGUGAACAUGUACAUCGCUGUCAUCCUGGAGAACUUCAGUGUUGCCACUGAAGAAAGUACUGAACCCCUGAGUGAGGACGACUUCGAGAUGUUCUACAAGGUUUGGGAGAAGUUUGAUCCCGAUGCAACCCAGUUUAUAGAAUAUAGAAAACUCUCUGAUUUUGCAGCUGCCCUGGAUCCUCCUCUUCUCAUAGCAAAACCAAACAAAGUCCAGCUCAUUGCCAUGGAUCUGCCCAUGGUCAAUGGUGACCGGAUUCAUUGUCUUGACAUCUUAUUUGCUUUUACAAAACGUGUUUUGGGUGAGGGUGGAGAGAUGGACUCUCUUCGUUCACAGAUGGAAGACCGGUUCAUGUCAGCAAAUCCUUCUAAAGUGUCCUAUGAACCCAUCACAACUACACUAAAACGAAAACAAGAGGUUGUGUCUGCUACUGUCAUUCAGCGUGCUUACAGACGUCACCGCUUAAGGCAAAAUGUCAAAAAUAUAUCAAGUAUAUACAUAAAGGAUGGAGACAGAGAUGAUGAUUGGCCCCACAAAGAAGAUACGGUUUUUGACAACGUUAAUGAAAACUUAAGUCCGGAAAAAACAAAUGCAACUCCGUGUACCAUCUCUCCACCUUCCUAUGAUAGUGUAACAAAACCAGACAAAGAGAAAUAUGAAGAAGACAAAACAGAAAAGGAAGACAGAGGAAAAAAUGGCAAGGAAAGCAAAAAAUAGAGCUUUGUAUUUAAUACACUGUUUACAGCUUGUGACAGUGAUGUAUUUGUGUCAAUAAGACUCUUUUAAGGAGGUCUAUGCCAAAACGUUUUACCAGAAUAUUCUCAAAGUCAGCGCAGUCACUAGCUCUGAUUCCCUAAGAUAGCUGGGCAGCAUUAGCAGAUGGCUAUUUUUGCACUGGUAAAUGAUUCUGUAAUAAUUGUAAGAGUAACUCUAUAGGGAUUACUGACUGCAGCAAGCAAAGGUAAUUUUAUUUUAUUUGCUUUUAAUAAAUCACAAGACCAUGUAGAAAAUGUUCACAUCUGCCUUGUCAUCUUUUCACAGAAUUGUAAACAUUCAUGUUUCCCACGCACAUACACACACACACACACACACACAUCUAUCAUUUGGAUAUCUACGAAAGUAUUUUGCCUUGGCUUUGCCAUGAAAUACCCUGAUAGAAGAAAUGGACAUUAGUAAUGAAUGUUUAGUUAAAACAUUUUGGUGUUAGGAAGCAAGACUCUUUUAUCCAUGUAGAGAGGUCAUUCUAUAUUUUGAGGUGCUUAAAUUUAAUCUAUAUUGCAUCAGGACCAAUUUAUAUGUGCCUAUAAAAUGCUAUGGGAUUAAAAACACAUGUAAGCUAAUCAUUUCAGCAAAUACUUUCCAUUUGUCCUGACUCGUGUAACAACCAGAAUUAAGAUUUACCUUUAGAGUAUUGUGCUUUAUAGCCUGUCUUUUUAUAUCCUUCUUAGUUCAUACAACCACAAAUCAUGAAAAAUUAUGCUAAGUGCGUAUCACAUUCCUCAAAAGAAAAAAAUGAAGAUAACGGAAAAUAAAAGAAGCCACUGAAGAAAGCUUUAUUUACUAUUAUUUAUAUAAUCUAGCACUAGACUGUGCUGCCCCCAAAUACCAAUAAUGACCCAACUUUUAAUCUUUUUUGUGGCAUUUUCCUGCUUUCUCAUGCAGUAUUGUUCAGUCAUCCUUGAGUGCUAAGCAGAGUUGCUGUUUCCCUUCAGUGAAGUGCUUCCUGAUACGCGCUAGCACCGAAGGCUUGGGCCUGUGUUCAGCGCAGCCCCUGUGAACCAUCCUAAAUGUGGAUGGCAAGCUUUCAAGUCAUAAUAUAAGACAGACUUUCAACUCCGACUUGUCUUUAGAACAAAUGAAAGAGCAUUCAGCUGGGAUUCUUGCCAACUUGCUUUCUUGUCACUUAAUUUCUUUUCCUAAUUUGUACAAGCAAUCCUUUUAGACCGCUAAUCUUUCAUCUAAAAAUGAGGAGGAUGUCACUUUCUACUUAAAAUUCCUCGGCUGUGAGGUAUAUUAUGCAUCAAUCAAUAAAGUGCCCUGAGCUUAUAAUUCACCAAGCACAUAAUUAUUUUGCUUUAGCUGGUGUCCUCUUACCAAGGAUGAUGAAUCUAGUUUUUGAGAAAUCCCUGUUAAUAGUGGCUUGGAAAGAAUGGUCAUGGUGCAGUUUUUCAGCAUUUCAUUUCAGGAAUAUGAGGUCUUUCUCCUAUUGGGUUAUACAUGUGCAGGCAAAAUUUGUGUUAUGUAAGGAGAAAAUUUUAUUUAGAUUUUGUGGGAAUUGCAAAACGAACAUCUAGAAGAUAUUUCAUUCACUUGCUUUUUUAAAUUAAAAAAGAACAUGAAUUAUAUUUCUGUAAUUGGUACUUAAACCUAUUUUUUGUUGUGCUGGCUAGUUAAAAAUAAAGGAGACUUAAACAUACCUACAGGAAUGAAGAGGUGUGGGUCGAGAAUGAAAAACAGAAAGGAAAGGCUAAGAAACAUAGAUAGGAGAAAGUCAAAGUCAAACGAAAACAGAUAUUUGCACAAAACUUCAUAUCUAGAAAAUUUUUAAAUUGUGAUGUAUUUUACAAUAUCCAUGAGAGAGAUUAUCGCUUGUGGACAUUUGUCAGAAGGUACAUGUAAAGUUAACUCUAGGGCCAAAGCUUCCUUGCACCAUGCUCAGUCAUUCAUCUUCAUUUAUUUGAGCCACUUUUCCAUCUAAUGUGAAAGCUACAGGCAGGGUCUUCCUAGACGCUGCAAAGCAUUGCAUCUCACACCUGCUAGGCCUGUCAAAAAUAUAUUUUGACAGUUUAAUGAGGGAACCACACAAAAUACAUUACAUUUGUAAGAUUUUUUAAUACAUUAAAUUAAUAUCACCUUAAAUUCUAAUUAAGUCUAUCCUGGUUAUUUUAAACACAUAUAAAUAUGACUGCAUUUUGCAUAUUUAUAGAGUAUAGUAUGAAAAGAUGUAUGCUGGGCAGGUUUAUGUGUGGUUGACUAUUAAUGUUUUUACAUUUCCUGAUUUUUAUGUAAAAUUUAAAAAAUAUUCGCAACUUAAUCCUCAACACAGUUUCUUAACAUUUCAAAAAAAAAUUAUAAAAUUGCUCUUUCUCCUAUUUCAUGCUGAACUAUAAUUUUAAAAAAUAUAUAACGUACUUGGGUUUUGUAUAUAUGUGUUUUCCCAGGAAUGUCUAGUUUUGACUUUUUAUCAAUUAAGAAUAUUUGGAACUAAGAGCUCAUUUAGUACAGUGUAAGCUUAAAGAAAACAUAGAUUUCUCUUUUCAUGUAGAUUACUGUUUGGUACUGAUUGUGAGAUAUCACCCUGCCAAAGGUAUUGUCAUACUAAUAUUAAAAUGACGUAAUCACUGAACUCAGUUCACCUACGGAUGUAGAAUGGCAGUUACAUUGUAAAAUUUAAGUUAGAAUAAAGUGGAAGCAAACAGAUUUGAACACAAAUCUAUACAUAUAAUUUGGAUAAAUAUGGGAGAAUCUCAUUUUACCUUUUUGAUUGUUACAUCAUUUACAAAAGAUGUGACUUGUGGGCUGAUUCUAAAAUGUUGAUUGUUAAACCUCAAACCAAAAUGUUCAUCAUAAUUUUAUAGAUUUUUUUGAAAGCUUUAUUAAAAAGAAUUAAGAUAAAAUGCAUAUGUAAAUAAAGCAGUUCUAAAUAGAAAUUUUGGAGAAACGUUCAUGAAAGUAAUGAAAUGAGGGCCAGCUAAGUUAGAAUGGCCAAGUAACUGGCCUGGGUUUAAGACCUAUGUAUACAGGCCACCAGUUUUUUAAAAUAUCUGUGGUUUAUUAUGUUAUGUUCUUGAAGAAAACAAGAAUUGCUUCACAAAAAUAAAUGAAUAGCCAUGAAUAUAAUAAUGCUGUUUACAUAGAAGUCUUUACAAAUUUUAUACAUCUAUGAAUGCUCAUAUUUGAGUUUGACUUUGUCAUCAAUUAUAUUGUAGUUAUAU